CCAGCACUGCCCUUCCCUCGACCCCCUCACACAGUCCCUGCCUCGGAUCACUCUCAAAGACGCCCGUCACAUACUCAUAAUGCUCCAAAUAUGGUUCCGCUGAAUACCAGCCUGCACACGGGCUCGCACCGACGCGGACACCAUCGCUCGAUCAGUCACCCCUUUACCUCACCAUUCACUGGAAUAGCGAAGAAGCGUGACAAGGCCGGACCCAAGUACACUACGUGGGAAUCUGACUCUGAUUCAGACGUCACAGUUCCCACGCAGCCUAACUCAGCGAGUCCCCGCAAAGAAGCAAAGGUUGGACAAGGCAAUGAACUGACGGAGGGGAAAUGCCAGACCUGCAACUCGACCGUACGGUGGCCACGUAACUCUCAUGUAUUUCGCUGCACCUCUUGCUUAAUGGUCACCGAUCUCGAAGCAGAGUCACCCAAGGAUUUGAAGAGCCCAGGAGCCCUUGAAAAUGAAGAUCGAGCACGAGGGGCUCGAAAACGGGACCCCGCUGAGCAGGACUCAGUACUGUCGCCUCAUGAGCCAAAGCCAGAUAUUAUUUUGUCGGCUAACAGUGCCAGGCGCAUGCUUGAUGGAUGUCUCUCCAUGUAUUUCGAUAGACUUUUAGAAGGCCCGAAGUCGCAUUUAACACCGGACGACAAUCGCAAUGGUCGACACUACGACCCUCAGAUGGAGAGCCCCUUGUCGCCUCCUGCACGCAGCCCUGAUUAUGGCCACCUCUCCGUUCCACGGCACCCUCACAGUCGUAGCGUGUCUGCAUCAAGUGAGCGGGAACGCGCCACUGGUACGAAUGGGAGUUCCUCAUUCUUGAAGCCACAGGCAGUUCAAUGGGAAGCCAAGAACACCCCUACUCGACCUCGCGCCAAUUCAAAUUUACAGUCGGAAUCGAAAACAGACCAACGCCCUCAGCAGCCCGCACGGCCUACAGAGACCAAGAACGGCGAGCACCAGCCGUUGAUAUUCAAGCGACUAGAAAACUAUAUUAUCACUGCUUUCAAAGGCACCAGUGUACUCAAUAUGUCCUUUUCUACUUGCCCGCCAGCAAUCCGCUCUGCUAGCAGUGGCAAUCCUCCCAGGAUGAAUAUGGAUCCUGCUUCAAUACCAGAACAAGGACGUGAAGGACCUGAUACGCCCGUGUUUGAAAUAGACGCGAAGACACUGCUUCUUGGAGACUUAGCUGAGAAUUCAUCUUGGUGGAUGAAUGAAUGGGCUCAGAGGGAGGGUCAGGUUCCUUCUUCUAGCAAGGACAAGCCCUCACAUCGUUCUCGUAUGGUCUCUUCUAGAAGCCCUCGAAUCAACUGGGCCGAAGUUGCCCAGUGGUACCAGCUGGUUCUGACCGCAGGUAGCGCUUGGGCUCAGAAAUGGGACGCUAGGAAGCCUGAUGCCGAACGCUCGGAAGCAGACAUGAUUCGCAGCAAAAGAUGGGAGUCAAUUGACCGCUCAGUACUGGAAAAAGAGAUCUGCGAGUCUCGUGUACACCUCCAGCGCACAUUGAUGAAAGCUGUUGAAAACCUUCUGAAACGUCCAAGAUGUGUUCUGAAGAAGCCUGAAGAUACAAGGUUCCUGUUUAUAUUAUUGGCAAACCCUCUUCUGACGUCACCUACUGCCUUUGGUCAAACAUCGUCGGUACAAGCACCUCACCGUGAUGAGCGACGUCCAUUCCACCCGAAAGACACCCUUCGAUCAACAACUAGGGACGGUAAGACUCCUCGCAAAGAUCCACCUCCUCCGGUUCCUCGCUACAGCAGCCCAAAUCAUCAUCAUGGAAUCACCAAGCGCAUCUUGGGCCUGAUGUCCAAUUUGCCCAAUGAAUGUCAUCAUUACCUUGUGUCUUGGUUUUCUCGGUUCUCGCACGGUCAAUUUGAACGACUGGUGGACUUGGCAGGUGGAUUCAUCACUUAUCGAUUGACUCGGCAGCACGGCCGUAAGCGCAACCAGCCAACCAAAGAUGGAGAUGACUUGAUUCCAAGUUUCGCUAGUGCCUCAGGUAAUACUCCAGCUGAAUUACACGCGGCUAUCAAUCGGCGAGGGCAAAAACCACCUCCACAGAAGAAGGAAGAGCCUAUGGUAUAUACAGAAGACUGGCAGAUUCGGGGAGCGGCAAGGGUGAUGUCUCUACUAUUCACGGCAAACAAUACUCACUCCUCACGCAAACCAGACGACGCCGCAGUCGAACCAAGAGGGUUGCGCCAUGCGGACUCCGCUGUCACCCAAUCGGCACGCCAGCAGGGGUACAUGGUCCCGAUCAGUUCAUUCUACAACACACUGCUGGACUACUCGGAUCUACUAGCUGACUUCGAGACGUGGGAGUCUCGAGUUUCAAAGUUCUCAUUCUGCCAAUAUCCAUUUUUGCUCAGCAUCUGGGCCAAAAUUCAUAUCCUCGAACAUGACGCUCGCCGUCAAAUGGAGGUUAAAGCUCGCGAGGCAUUCUUCAACAGUAUUUUGAACCAUCGUGCUGUUAGUCAGUAUCUCGUGCUGAAGGUGCGCCGCGAAUGCUUGGUUGAAGAUAGUCUUCGGAGUGUGAGUGAGGUCGUCGGCACUGGGCAUGAGGAGAUCAAGAAAGGCCUUCGUAUUGAGUUCAUCGGGGAAGAGGGUAUUGAUGCUGGUGGGCUGCGUAAAGAAUGGUUCCUUUUGCUCGUCCGGGAAGUCUUCGAUCCACACCAUGGGCUUUUUGUCUACGACGAGGACUCACAGUACUGCUACUUCAACCCUCAUUGCUUCGAGUCCUCUGAACAGUUCUUCCUAGUUGGAGUGUUGCUGGGCCUUGCCAUUUACAACUCCACUAUUCUCGACAUUGACUUGCCGCCUUUUGCCUUCAAGAAAUUAUUGGCAGCUGCACCGCAGGCUACUGGACCAGCGUCAACCAAUGCCAGCCGCCCGAGGUUCAAGUGUACACUCGAGGAUCUCGCAGAGUACCGGCCGGCUCUCGCUAAAGGACUUCGAAUGCUCCUGGACUACGACGGCGAUGUUGCCGAAACCUUUUGCUAUGACUUUGUAGCCCAAGUCGACCGCUACGGGGAAGUUGUGAAUGUCCCUCUUUGCGCAGGUGGGGAGAGUCGUCCGGUGACCAACUCGAACCGGCGCGAAUUUGUGGAUUUGUAUGUGCACUAUUUCCUCGAGUCAUCGGUUACUCGGCAAUUCGAGCCGUUUAAACGGGGCUUCUUCACGGUCUGUGGAGGCAAUGCAUUGUCACUAUUCCGACCGGAGGAAAUUGAACUACUCAUUCGCGGGUCGGAUGAAACCCUUGAUGUGAAUUCCCUGCGGGCCGUGGCCACCUACGAUAAUUGGUCGUCGCCUCGACCCGAAUCACUUCCCGUGGUGCAGUGGUUUUGGGAUUUCUUCGAAAUGUCCCCACCUCAAGCCCAGCGGAAAAUCCUUUCUUUCAUCACCGGCAGCGAUCGUAUUCCCGCCAUGGGCGCCACAAGCCUCUCAAUCCGGCUGGCCUGUCUUGGAGAUGAUUGCUCACGAUACCCAACCGCGCGAACUUGUUUCAACACGCUAGGCCUAUACCGUUACGGCUCUCAAGCUAAAUUGCAGCAGCUGCUAUGGGACGCAGUUGUGAACAGUGAAGGCUUUGGCUUGAAAUGA